AUGGCGUCUAUGGUUCAUAUAGGAAAGGAAGUUCUCAGUGAGAAAGAUGUUGAAGACAUAUUUGACAGCGUCCUGAGUUCAGCUUCUUCAAAAUUAAAACCAACAACACCAACUUAUGAAGACGAGUAUGACUGCAGCAAUAGAUACAGAGGCUUAGCCUUAAUAAUUUGUAAUGAAAACUUCAAAACAGAAAAUCACAGAAGAGAUUACUGUGACGACGAAAUAAAACUAAUGAAGGAAACAUUUGGAAAACAUUUAAAUUUCACAGUUUUGAUUUUCAAGGAUUUGACUGCAGAGCAAAUAAAUUGGGUCAUACAUAGAGUUUUGUUUUAUAAAGCAUGCAAACAACCUGGAUUUCAUCGAAUGUCAGACUGUUUCGCAUGUGUUCUUGCAAGUCAUGGUGGCGAGGAAUCAAGAGGUUCGAAUGGUAAACCGACAUUAGUGGAUUUGAGAGACCAAUGUUUAUAUGGAGUCGACCAUAAACCAAUAACAACGAAAGCUAUAAUAAAAAAAAUCAACGACGUUAAAGCAUUAAAAGAUAAACCGAAGCUUUUUUUCAUUCAGGCUUGUCGCUCACGCACACAAAUGCAUAUAACAACAUCCGGUAUAGAACAUGGGCAUACAAUUGAUAUCAAUAGUGCUUCACAUGGAAAUUGUCCAACUGAUUGCACUGAUGAGUUUUAUAAGCAGUCAUUUCCUGAGUGUCCAACACAAAACGAACCUUCCCUGAAGGCAAACCAUGGCAUUAUAUCAGAAAAGAAGGAUAACGCAGAAGCAAGUAUCUUCCACAAACUCGGUCAAUUGUUUGGUUUAAACAAAAAUGAUGCAGAGAAGAUAAUUGAACCAGAGGAUAUGAUAUCCAUUCUAGACCAAUCAUGUACUGAUGAUACCCUUGUCGUUUAUUCAACAGCUUCAGAAAAGUAUUCUUACGGAAGAGUGAAAUUAGGUGGUUGGAUGCUUGUUUGUCUGAAUAAAGCAGUAGACGAACAACUUCGUCAGUCAAACAAAAGCUAUCACAUCGAUUUAAUGGACAUUUUGAUAGCCGUAACUAGUGCCGUGGCUAAGAAUUUUGAGACACACCUGUCAGAUGAUAAUUCUUCUCGUAAAUGCGCAGUUGUAUUUGAACAUUGUCUCUAUAAAGAGUUGUAUUUUAGUAACAACUGGAUUUAA